UUCCCUGCUUUCUCUCUGAUGGUUUACAUUUUAAUGCGCAGGUAUUAUGAACUCGUUGUUACACGUGUCACUUCCGGUAAACAAAUUCGUCUGCAGUAAGGGGACUGGCUUUAUAGUAAGCGUACAGUAAAUCAAAAUUAACAACAAAUAAAAAAUACUCAAACUCGGAGACAUGAACAUAGAAGAGCUGAGAGGACGUUUAGAAGAAGCAAACCAAGGACAUCUCCUGCAGUAUUGGGACCAACUUUCUGAUUCAGAAAAACAGCAACUCUAUAAAGAACUUAGUCCUCGAGACUUCAAUGAAAUUAAUGGAUUCUAUAAGGCGGCCAUGGAGGACCUGUCCUCGGCAUCGGAGAAGCUGGACGACCUGUUGGAGCCCCUGCCUAAGGAGGUCUGUGGAAGAGCAGUGAACACUGGCCAAGAAACUCUGUUGCAAUAUGAUAUUGAUGGUCUGACAGAGAUCGGGGAGAGUCGGGUGGCUGUUCUCCUGUUGGCUGGGGGGCAGGGUACCAGGUUAGGUGUGCCAUACCCUAAAGGCAUGUACAAUGUUGGACUGCCAUCGGGAAAGACAUUGUACCAGAUACAGGCUGAGAGGCUCCUGAAACUCCAGAGACUCGGGGAGUCUGUUACAGGGAACAGCUGUAAAAUACCAUGGUACAUCAUGACCAGUGAACACACCAAGCAGUCGACUCAGGAUUUCUUUCAAGAACAUAAAUACUUUGGCCUACAGGAAGACGAUGUAGUCCUUUUUGAACAGAACCUCCUUCCAUGUAUAGGAUUUGAUGGGAAAAUCAUUUUAGAAAAACCUUACAAAAUGGCUUUAGCUCCAGAUGGCAAUGGAGGACUGUACAGAGCCCUGCAUCACAGUGGCGUACUGAAGGAUAUGGAAAGUCGGGGAAUCAAAUACAUCCACGUCUACUGUGUAGACAAUAUACUGGUCAAGAUGGCGGACCCUGUCUUUAUAGGAUUCUGUAUCAGCAAGGGAGCAAACUGCGGGGCAAAAGUUGUUGAGAAAGCCUUUCCCACAGAGGCUGUUGGUGUGGUAUGUAAAGUGGAGGGAAAAUACCAAGUGGUAGAAUACAGCGAGAUCACACUGAAGACGGCUGAAAAACGAGAUUCCAAUGGCAGACUGGUGUUCAAUGCUGGCAACAUCUGUAACCACUUCUUUACUCUGGACUUCCUGAAAUUCGUGUCAGAGCCUUCACAAGAAAGACAACUGAAGCAUCAUGUUGCUAAGAAGAAAAUCCCGCAUGUUAAUGAUAAGGACUUUCGAGUGACCACUAAGCCGGACUCUCCCAAUGGCAUUAAAAUGGAAAAAUUUGUAUUUGAUGUUUUCCAUUUUGCAACGAGUUUUGCUGUGUGGGAGGUUAUCCGAGAGGAUGAGUUUGCUCCCCUGAAAAAUGCAGACACUGCUGAUAAGGACACGCCCACUACCUGUCGCCGUGCUCUGCUUAAUCUCCAUCAUCGUUACCUACUGGCCGCAGGGGCAGAGUUUGUAGACAAAGAUGGGAACAAUAUUCCCCACAUUCCCAGCCAGAAGAAAGCAGAAGAAAAAGGGGGCGGAAAUGGUCAAAAAGGAGAAGAUGAAGCUUUGUUUGUAGAGAGCGAGAUCUCGCCUCUCGUGUCGUACGCAGGAGAGGGUCUGAACAAGCUAGUGGAGGGGCGAAAGUUCGUAAGUCCGGUGUACCUUAGUCAGGACUUCACCAUGGACAAGCCAGAGAUAGUGGAGGGCGAGUGGUAGUGACACAGGAAACAUGCCCAACUGGAGGGGGUGUUGCCACGAACAAACCAGUCCCAGUGGUGUUUUACAUGACAUAUAGAGGUGGCAGGCAAUGGGCGGGUCUUAUUGCCAUGUCUAAUCUGGACGCCAACCUUAUUUUUACUCUUGUCUGUUCUUUCUAUAACAUUUCUUUAUUAUGCAAGUGCUUUUAUUUAUUCUAAUGCAAAUAUAUGGCAGCUAAUGUAUGUCAGUACAUUUAUUAGUGUCUAUUGUAUGUCGCUUAUUGUUCCAGAGAACUCUAGUUCAACAUCAAUUCUUUAAAUCCUCUUCAGGCAGAUAUUAUAAAGUUCUAUAAAUAAUUUUACAUAAACCAUUAAACUUAAGUCUCGCUGCUAAAUCUGCCCUUACCAACAUGGCAAGACUACGGAAAUACAGACUCACGGAACACAAGUGUUAUUCAGUACAAUGACAAGUGCUUAGUAGUUUUUUCUUUGACAUUAUAUAUUAUAUAGAUCUAGGACAGCCAACAUAUUGCAAGGCUUAAGAGUGCUAACAGUAUUGACGGUGUGAAUAGAAAUUUUUAAGUUACGUUUACUGUUUUAAUUCAUUUCCAAUGCUUUGUGCAAAUCUGUUCCCGGAACUUUGUUGACAGUCCUGUAUAGUAAAUGUUCACAAUAACACUAUAGUCUUUGAGAUUGCUUAUAGUCAACACAGCUGGCCAUAAUUACAAUGAUCAUUUAUUUUUGUGCAAGCAUUUAUUGAAGCUAGUAUUCUGACAGACUUCUUUAUAAAAAAUGCAGAGACUGUCUGUAAAAAUUGCUUUCAUUGCAAUCAAAUACGUGUACAAAAUAUUUUUCCGGUAUUCAUCAAAUAUCAUCACAAUGAACAGAUACAAUUUCCACUAUCAUAUAGUUCUGUAUGUUAUAUAAUAAUGCGAUCAGAAACAAUGUCCGCUGUCAUAUAAUUCUGUAUGUUAUAGAAUAACGCGAUCAGAGACAAUGUCUGCUGUCAUAUAAUUCUGUAUGUUAUAGAAUAACACAAUCAGAAACAAUGUCUGCUGUCAUAUAAUUCUGUAUGUUAUAGAAUAACACAAUCAGAAACAAUGUCUGCUGUCAUAUAAUUCUGUAUGUUAUAGAAUAACACAAUCAGAGACAAUGUCUGCUGUCAUAUAAUUCUGUAUAUUAUAGAAUAACGCGAUCAUAAACAAUGUCUGCUGUCAUAUAACUCUGUAUGUUAUAGAAUAACGCGAUCAGAGACAAUGUCAGUUAUUGUAUGAUUUUUUGUAUGUUAUAGAAUAACACGAUCAGAGACAAUGUCCGCUAUCGUAUAGUUUUUAAUGUUACUUGUAUAGGAUGAUCACAUGACAGUGUAUAUUAGGAACUAAUGAUCUAACAUCGGAUUUCCUCAUUUGUUAACAGAAAUGAAAAAUCACACAUACACCAAUCAUGUAAGAACUACUUAUUUUAGUUGGUUGUUUUAUAUUUUUGACUGAUAGUUUGUUUAUUAAUCUUUUUUUUUUUUUUGUGUCUGUAUUACAGUAUGUUACAGAGAAAUGAUGGACUAAGUUUUACAACUAUCAUGAAUAGAAAUGUAUUAUGAAAUUAUGUUUUUGCAAUAUUAGUUUUCAAUGUUUAACUUGUAUUUAUUGAAACACAAUCAAAUGUGGGAAUAAAAUGUAGACUUAAAA